AUGUCGAAAGAAGUAAGGGAAAUCGGAGAAACAGCAAGGCGAGACUAUGUCUACCCACCACCAGCACCCCUCCUUGACAUGGCGGAGCUGAAGCUCUGGUCCUCUUACCGAGCCCUCAUAGCAGAGUUUGUCGCCACCCUAAUCUUCCUCUACGUCACCGUCGACACCGUCAUCGGCUGCAAAAAAGAAACCGACCCAUGCGGCGGCGUUGGCAUCCUCGGCAUCGCUUGGGCUUUCGGCGGCAUGAUCUUCAUCCUCGUUUACUGCACCGCCGGUAUUUCCGGUAAGUCACCGCCGCCCCGCAAACGGUGGCGCCGCUGUCGCCGUCCUUCCUCUUUCCCCGAUGCGCUCUCUUUCUCUCUCUCUCUCUCUCUAUCUCUCCUCGCUCUCCCUCUCUCUCCUGUGUUGCCGUCGUGCGCCACCACCAAGCAAUGGUGGUGGCCGGCCGAUGAUUUAGAGAGGUCAAUGUCUACAGUUACAGUUGCGGUUUUGGUUGCAUUAUGGCUACCGGAGAUCUUGCCGGAAGUCGCAACAAUGGAAGAAGUUUAA